AUGGCGCUCAUGUUGGGCUGGGAAGCGAAUGGUUUCCAGCAGAUUGGCCAGCCUGCGUUCAUCAUGGAAAAUUUGAGGUUACCCUAUGGCAGUGUUUCUGCUGAGCAGCCUACCUUGACGGCACGAAUUUCUAGCCAGGCCGGUCGUUUCCUGAAACCUGAAUAG